AUGCAGAAAGUCAGAACCAGAAACACCAGCACUACCCAGACUGCGGUGCGCUAUAAAGAGCUUGAGUUCAAGUAUCUUUAUUUUAAGAUCCAGAAGCUCGUCAAUCGUAAGGUUCAAAUCAGCUUGAAGUAUGAGCAAUUGAAACAGCCAGAAAUAAACUUGACACUUAUAAAGCCCAUUGUCACGAAGAUUGUGGCUCUUGCCAGUAACACUAGUUUGGGGCCUAAAAUCCGAGGGAAUUAUGGUAGUACCAUGCUGGAGUUCCGUGCUGCUCUUGAAAACAAGGUGUCGGUGAUGGUGAUUCACAUACUUAUGGUAUUGAGGUACGAGUUUUUGAUCCAAAGCGACGCCAAUUUAAUUGUGUACGACUUGUUGAUGACCAAAGCAACAGUGUGUGAGCUAUUGGCAAUCCGAAUUUACCGUGAGUACAAAGCGUUUGAUCGGGUGCAAUUACUCUUUGUGGAUCCAUUGAAGAAGUUCACCACCUUGGAGUUGGUGGUUUUGACCAAGUCCAAAAAGUUUCUUUCCCAACCCAUAAUUGUGAAGAUUCUUGAGAAGUUCUACAAUGGAGAGCUUAUCAUGCAAGAAUUGUCCGAUACCAAGAACGAAGAGCUGACGUUUUUGAGGGAGCAAAUCACCAACUACAACUAUCUGCGGGCAUCAUUAACUAAGAUCAAUGACCGUUCACGAAUAGUGCCAAAGUACCAAUCACUAGUGAUCAACUUGAAAAACUUAAUUCUCACAAUGUUGCACGUAAUGAUCAUCGUGAAUCAGCAUAAGAAUCUUGUUCCAAGCGAUGUGCUAGAAUUUGUGUUCUACUGUAUUGGACUUCACUUGAACUACGAGUUUUUUCUCAAAUUACUUUCAAUUCAGCACAAGUUCCUUCGUAAGAUCCUUUGGUUCUAUAUGGAUUUUGCAAUCAUCAUGUUGAUAGACAUCAAUAUCAUCUUGAAGGUGCUAUCGGUAUUUGGAUACGUUUCAAAUUCAUCAUACUUUCAGACCUUUAGCAUUCUUUCCAUUCUUCUCAUUCCACGAAACCUAUCCAUGUUCAACAACUACCGGUUUUUCAGUCUAAUUAUAUUGGGGUUCCGUCGGAUGAUAUCAAACAUUGCAGGUUUAUUCUGCUUAUUCUUUUCACUAAUAAUUGCCUUCUACAUCACCUUUAUUUCCAUUAACUUUAAUCGGUCCAACUCCAUGAUUGCCUUCGAUCUUUUGCAAAUUUUCUUCGGGUUUACUCCUGCUGUUUGGACCAACUGGGACACUUACUCGCCCCUUGGAAAGGUGAUUCAAAUCGGAUACUUGUUUUUGAGCCAGUUCAUCAUUUCCACCAUCUUGGCCAUUGUUCUUUCCGAGUCCUUUUCAGAGAUUUCUCAUAACAUCAAAGAAGAUUUCGAGUACUUUAAGGCCGUAAACCUCGUCAUAUACUUCAAGUCGGCUCGGCUAUAUUCCAGCAGAAUAGGAUUCAUAGUCAAGUUGCCCAUUCUUGUAACAAUUUUAGUUUAUGAGCUUUUGGUGACCCAGAUUUCAUCGUCUGUGCCCGAAGAACAAAAGCACUUUACAUUUUUGGCCAAAGAUCGAGACUAUUACAGCGAUAAUGACCUCGUGAAUAUGGACAACAUCCAUGACGAGUCUGAUGUCAGUAUUUUGAUCCGGUCAAGACAAACGUCUGUCGCACGAGCUCCGGGUCAGCCCUUGGUUCCCAAUGGUGUGGGGGCUGGAAGACGGUACAGUCAACUCGAUGGGGGUAACAUGGCCUUUGUGGUACCACCGGUGCUGUCUGGUACGGUACAGCCAUCUGGUGGUAGUUUCUCGGCAGGAGCUCCCCAAACACCAGUACUUAUGCCCAUCAAGUCCAUAUCUACGCUUGGAAACUUUAAAAGCGCAUCUACAGAUUCGUUAUUUAUUGGCGAUCUUUUGGCCAAGCGGUACGGCGUAGCAUCAGGUGCCACUAAGCCAGUACUGCGGGUUGCCGAUGGAGAAUGGGACACCGUCUUAGAUCGGUUGGGCCGAUUGGACGAUAAGCUUGACCAAAUCCAACAUCAGCAACAACAGGCAACAGUAAAACCACCACGAAAACAGCUUAGGCUCGUUCUGGUUGCAACCACAGACCUUGAGGACAUCAACCGGUCGAUUUUGGACGAUGUUGACAACGAGCUGGUGCAGUUGUACGAUAUCCGAGAAGGGCUGUAUGACCUUUCUGACCAUCUGCUUGGGCUGAUAAAUCUGGAUGAUAAUGUGGAUGCAUACCGAGACGACGAUACGCUCAGUGAGGUUAGCGAGGUUAGCGACGAGGUGAGCGACGAUACUUUCUAG